AACGCAGAGCGAAAAAUCGAUUGAUUUUUACUUUUUACAUUAAAUCUUGCAUCCAGCAAGUGCGAAUCCUUUCUGAAAGCAUCUGUUAAAUGCAAUAGUGUAGUGUUGGUGUCGUGGAUAGCAAGGUACGAACGGUUUGCGUAAUCAAAACCACUCCUGAUUGAGGAUUGCUUCGGUCGGCGUAGGAUCUGUUCAACAUAACUUGCAUAAAUCGAGUGCGAAGAGGGAUAUAGUGAAUAAUUUUAGGGCGUUAAAGAACAGUGAUUAUUAUCGUUUGUCUACUGGCAUAGUGCUGUGAUUGUGGUGUUGAUUCAGAGUCAUUCAUAUUUUCAGCACAUCGCAGGCAGCGGCUAAGAGGAAUAAGAAGAUAUUGUCCACGUCGCGAAGAAGAAUAGCAUUGCUGGGUCAGCAGCAGUAGUGCUAGUGGGAACCCCGAAUGUCCACUGUCGUUCGAUGAGCCGCAGGAGUUUGGCAAGAGAGUAACAUUGCUCAUACCUAAAAGUUUUGGCAAAGGCUUAUUGCAAAAGAAAGCGGUGAAGUCAUCUGUCCUCCAUAAACCACGAAAACAAUCAAGAAAGAAAGUAUUCUGUUAAAGUAACCACUUGCCAAGAUGGCACCAGUGCGGGGAGAUGGAAUGCGCGGAUUAGCCGUUUUUAUUUCGGAUAUACGAAAUUGCAAAAGUAAAGAAGCGGAAAUCAAACGUAUUAACAAAGAACUCGCUAACAUCCGGAGCAAAUUCAAAGGGGACAAAACAUUAGAUGGCUACCAGAAGAAGAAAUAUGUCUGCAAACUGUUGUUCAUAUUUCUGCUUGGGCAUGAUAUCGAUUUCGGUCAGAUGGAAGCAGUGAAUUUGUUAUCUUCAAACAAGUACUCCGAAAAGCAAAUUGGUUAUCUCUUCAUUUCAGUGCUGGUCAACACUAACAGUGACUUGAUCAAACUGAUCAUUCAAAGCAUUAAGAACGACUUGCAGUCCCGCAAUCCAAUCCAUGUCAAUCUGGCAUUGCAAUGUAUCGCCAACAUCGGUAGCCGCGACAUGGCUGAAGCAUUUUCGACCGAAAUUCCCAAACUGCUCGUCUCUGGGGACACGAUGGACGUGGUAAAACAAUCAGCGGCACUUUGUCUGUUACGUUUGUAUCGAACAUGUCCCGAUAUCAUACCGGGUGGUGAGUGGACUAGCCGGAUCAUUCAUCUUCUGAACGAUCAACAUAUGGGCGUGGUAACGGCCGCCACCAGUCUUAUCGAUGCUCUGGUUAAGAAAAAUCCAGACGAAUAUAAAGGAUGUGUUAGUUUGGCCGUUUCAAGACUCUCUCGCAUAGUUACUGCUUCAUAUACUGAUUUGCAAGAUUAUACGUACUAUUUUGUACCAGCGCCGUGGCUCUCGGUAAAGCUUCUGCGACUAUUACAAAAUUACAAUCCUCCAACGGAGGACCCUGGAGUGCGAGGUCGUCUGAACGAAUGUCUCGAGACGAUUCUGAACAAAGCCCAGGAACCACCAAAGAGCAAAAAGGUACAGCAUUCCAAUGCAAAGAAUGCCGUACUGUUCGAGGCAAUCAACUUGAUCAUACACAACGAUAGCGAGGCCAAUUUACUCGUUCGUGCUUGCAAUCAGCUGGGCCAGUUCCUGAGCAACCGGGAGACAAACCUUCGCUAUUUGGCCUUGGAAUCGAUGUGCCAUUUGGCUACCUCAGAAUUCUCGCAUGAAGCCGUCAAGAAACACCAGGAAGUGGUCAUCCUCUCGAUGAAGAUGGAGAAAGAUGUAUCGGUGCGUCAGCAGGCGGUUGAUUUGUUGUAUGCGAUGUGCGAUCGUACCAAUGCGGAGGAAAUCGUUCAGGAAAUGCUGAACUAUCUUGAAACGGCUGAUUAUUCCAUUCGAGAGGAAAUGGUACUGAAAGUUGCCAUUCUAGCGGAGAAGUAUGCUACCGAUUUCACCUGGUACGUGGAUGUCAUCUUGAAUCUGAUUCGUAUUGCUGGUGAUUACGUGUCUGAGGAGGUUUGGUAUCGUGUCAUUCAGAUUGUCAUCAAUCGAGAGGAAGUGCAAGGCUAUGCUGCUAAGACCGUGUUUGAAGCCUUGCAGGCACCAGCGUGCCACGAAAAUAUGGUUAAAGUCGGAGGAUACAUUUUGGGCGAGUUUGGCAAUCUAAUUGCCGGUGAUUCUCGUUCCGCUCCGAUGGUUCAAUUUAAGUUACUCCAUUCAAAGUAUCAUUUGUGUUCUUCUAUGACACGAGCUUUGCUUCUCUCGACCUAUAUUAAAUUCAUCAAUCUGUUUCCGGAAAUUCGUUCGACAAUUCAGGACGUGUUUCGACAGCACAGCAAUCUACGUUCGGCCGAUGCCGAAUUGCAACAGCGUGCGAGUGAAUAUUUGCAGUUGAGUAUUGUUGCGUCGACUGAUGUGCUGGCUACGGUGCUAGAGGAGAUGCCAUCGUUCCCGGAGCGUGAAAGUUCUAUUUUGGCGGUAUUGAAAAAGAAGAAACCCGGCCGAGUGCCGGAGAAUGCGGAGAUACGUGACAGUAAAAGUCCGGUGCCAAAUGCCCAUAGUGCUCAUAAUGCUCAAACUAAUCAUACUGCAGGGAUGAAUAAUACGAAUGCCAGCUCGGACCUUCUUGGAUUAAGCACGCCCCCUGCUUCGCAGUCGCAGACUGGAACUCUAAUAGACGUCCUUGGUGACAUUUACAGCGCUACCAAUGGUACUAGUAGUGUAAUCAACAAUGCUAAAAAGUUUGUUUUCAAAAAUAACGGUGUCUUGUUCGAGAACGAUUUACUUCAAAUAGGCGUAAAGAGUGAAUUCCGUCAAAAUCUAGGACGGCUAGGAUUGUACUAUGGAAAUAAAACACAAACUGCGCUGCAGAACUUUGUUCCAACACUGCAAUGGUCUGCGGAUGAUGCGCUCAAGUUGAAUGUCCAGAUAAAAGCAGUGGAACCAACGUUGGAGGCCGGUGCUCAGAUCCAGCAGCUGCUGACGGCGGAAUGUAUCGACAAUUAUUCCGCAGCCCCGUCGAUUGUUAUCAGUUUUCGUGUAAACGGUGGAGCGCCUCAGAAAAUCACCGUCCUACUACCACUGACCAUCAAUAAAUUCUUUGAACCAACAGAGAUGAACGCUGAAUCGUUCUUCGCACGGUGGAAAAAUCUAGGAGGUGAACAACAACGGGCACAACGUGUCUUCAAAGCGCAACAGCCGCUCGAUCUGCCUGGGGCCCGCAACAAACUGAUUGGAUUCGGGAUGCAACUACUGGAGGGAAUCGAUCCCAAUCCGGACAACAUGGUGUGCGCUGGUAUUAUUCACACGCAGGCUCACAAGGUCGGCUGUUUGCUUCGUCUUGAACCGAACAAGCAAGCACAGGUUUGUAUGUUCCGUUUAACCAUCCGCUCCAGUUUAGAGAAUGUCACGCAAGAGAUCUGCGAGUUACUGGUAGACCAAUUUUAAUAAGCGUUUGUAUGAUAUUGAAUUGAACACAUUAUUACGUAAGCACCGACGUAUGCGUGCCAGAAGAGAGAUUUUUUCGUUUCAUUUUCUUUUCCUUAGUACUAGCAAUGUUUCGAUUGAAAUAUUCUCCUCUUUUUUUCUUUUUUUAUUAUUUCCUAUUCGUAUAUUUGUGUGACACAAAGUAAACCGUACAAUUAUUAGAUUAUUCUACAAGUUACUUCCGUACUUUGUGAAAUAUACAAUGCAAGAUGCUAGUUUAAAAGAAAAAUGUUGAUUGUUAGCAUAAAAUUCAUCCUCUUCUGGCGACGUACCUAAGAAAUAAUCCAGCUUAGCUGAAAAUGUAUUGAAAUUACAACAGAAAACGUAUCGUAUUAACGAUAAUUCCAAAUACUUGUUGAAUUCGUUAGAAACCGUACCGAAGUUUGGAAUAAACAGCUAAGUUUAACGUUUAUGGCAAGACAAAACAAAUAAAUCUCAUUUAUCGCUUACAGGCAUACAUAAAUUGUAAAUGUAUGAAUAAACAAGCAAAUAUAAAACGUUAGACUGUAUUCAGGAGUGUUAAAACAAAAAUCAAAUGCGUCCCAAUUUCGACAGAUAAAUAGCUCGAGCAGAAAUCGAAUCAUCACACCCAACAAGUUCGCUAGCGCUUAUCGAAUCGACGCAAAAAUCAAAGUAACUAGUGUAGCACAAAAUGUCAUCAUUCGUUUGAAACCGAAUUUCACCUUCUUUUUCGAUUGUGAUACACGAAAAAAGACCUUCAGCUGCUAUCCCUUCUUGACUCGAAAAAAAAAACAAUAACAAUGAGACGCGAUAGUUUCUUCUUUUGCCUUUUAUAUUAUAUCACAGUUACUAAUAUAUUAUGUUAUAUUUGUAUAUCAUGCAAUAUUAUUUUAUGCGUUAGGCGCUGCAAUAGAUGAAAUUACUGACUCGUGUAAAUUAUUAUGGCUGAACUGUUUCUUCUUAGGUCAUAAUCACACAUAAUAUCAUACUCACCAUUCUCACUAAAUGCUGAACUAGAAUUCGCCAGACACAUUUUACUCAUCGUAACUGCAAAUUAGGAGAAGUGACAAAAGAUCUUUAGCUUUAUCAGCCUUUUCCCGGGGACUGCACCGGCAUAUGUGAGGCAAACCGACAGUCUUAAUAGAUCCUUCAGAAAAUACAUUAAAAAUAAUGAACCUCAAUGGUACCAUACCAGAAAGGGUAAAAAGCAGGAAAAUAAGAAUGCAUUAAAGCUAUAUUCACAUUUACGAUAUGAUGGUAUAUAAAUAUGAGAAAAAAUAUACGAAAGUUA